UCAUCACUUCGAUCACUGAUGGUCGAUCCACUCAUGUCCCCUCUGAGUGACCACAGCGGUGCAGCUACAUGUGGCAAAUAAGAUAACACCGAGAUAAACUGCCGUGGAGGGUUUGUUCCGGUUGCGUGCGUUAGUAUGCGGUCACCCGUGGACGAUGUUAGCUUCGGUCAGUUAACGUUACGUACGGACUCUAACGUUAACGUUAUACAUGGUAGCGUUACGUACGGACUCUAACGUUAUACAUGGUAGCGUUACGUACGGACUCUAACGUUAACGUUAUACAUGGUAGCGUUACGUACGGACUCUAACGUUAUCCUCAGCAGCGACACGUUGAUGCCCCGAGUUGACCGCAUCGCUCUCCUGUAGGUAGCUGAGACAAAGAAGAACCUCUUCUGAGACACCAUGGCCCCUCACCCGGCGGUCCAGGCCGUCAUCGACCUGUCUGCAGGAGCCAUAGGGGGAGCUGCAUGUGUCUUUAGUGGGCAGCCGCUCGACACGGCAAAGGUCAAGAUGCAGACCUUUCCUAAUCUGUACCGGGGCUUCAUCCACUGCGUCUCGUCCACCUACAAACAAGUGGGCCUGCGUGGUCUCUACCAGGGCACCUCGCCGGCGCUGAUGGCCAACAUCGCCGAGAACUCCGUGCUCUUUAUGAGCUACGGCUUCUGCCAGCAGGUCAUCCGCUUCACGGCUGGACUGCACAACGAGGCUGUGCUGAGUGACGUGCAGAAAGCCUGUGCUGGCUCAGUAGCGUCCAUAUUCUCCUCGCUGGUACUUUGUCCCACUGAGCUCGUCAAGUGCCGGCUGCAAGCCAUGUACGAAAUGGAGUCAACGGGCAAGAUUGCUAAGAGCCAGAACACAGUGUGGUCGGUGGUGAAGUCCAUCAUGAGGAACGACGGACCACAGGGCUUCUUCCAGGGCCUGACCACCACCAUAGCCAGAGAGGUCCCCGGUUACUUCUGCUUCUUCGGUGCCUAUGAGCUCUGCCGCACCACCUUUGCAGACCGCAUGAAAUGUGAAAAAGACGACAUAGGCGUGGCUCCGAUCAUGUUCAGCGGUGGUUUCGGGGGGGCGUGCCUGUGGCUCGUAGUCUACCCCUUUGACUGCGUCAAGUCUCGUAUCCAGGUCAUGUCUAUGAUGGGCAAACAGGCGGGCUUCUUCAAAACAUUCAUGACCAUUGCUCGCACUGAAGGAGUGAGGGCACUCUACUCUGGUCUAACCCCCACCAUGGUCCGCACCUUCCCCGCUAACGGAGCGCUGUUCCUGGGUUAUGAGGUCAGCCGCAAGGUCAUGAUGGAGAAGUUUGACAGCUAAAAUAUGCACGACACAAAUGAAGGAGUACUGAACUGGAGGAGAAGUAUUGUCGAUCUAGAACCUCAUCAAAACUCCGGGUGAACCUUAUGAUGUGUGGGACCUGGUGUUUUUUUGCCGUUUCCUGCUUUAGUUUAGCAUAACUAAAAACUGCCACGCUACAUUUCUUUUUAACUUACACUACGUUUAAAUCUUUUAAAUCAUUAUAUAAAUUUAUUUUUUAGAUUUAGAUAUAAUUUGUUUUUAACUCCCGAAAAAUGCUAUGCCAACACACCACAUGUAUGAGAAAAAUAUACGUGCAGCACAGUAUUAAGCAGCCAUUUUUUAAGGAAUUGUGAACACAGUUUAUUAUUUCAUGUCUACCUCAACAAAGUCGAAUCCACACAGAACCACCUCUCUAUGCCAGUCAUUACAAAUCAUCCUUUACUUUCUCUGUGUGCUGGUCGACGGGUAAGAAAAACACUCCAUGAGGUUGUCUUUAACGCGCACACUCUUAAAGGGCCAGUGUGUAGCAUUUAGGGGGGUCCAUCAGCAGAAAUGGAUUAUAAUAUUCAUAACCAUGUUCUCUUAGAAACUAAGAAUCGUUGUGUGUAUGUAUUGUAAUCUGCAGACACACAGCUAGAUGCCCCCAAAUCCUACACGCUGUCCCUUUGAAUCCUUACUUUAGCUCAUUGCGUAAAGGUUUUAUUUAGAAACGUGAAGUGGCGUUAAAUGAUUCAUUUAAGUUGCCUACAAUGUGUUGUGAUGGCCUGUGUUUGCGAUUGUGGAAUCAUUCACGGCUAAGUGUGCGCCUCAGUUUUGGAUCAUUGAGCAGCUUUACUUUUUGACUGAAGACUUACAGGUUUUAUCAGCCUCAAUAGAAACAAACAUAACCAGCAAAAACUCACUGUUUUUGUAUUCAUGUUAUAUUCCACUCCUGUUGUGAUGAAGUGGGCACUCUUUUUGGUACCCAGUGUUUGCCUUUUUAAAUUACUACACUGCCUUUUUUUUGUCGUGUACCCUGGAUUUUUCUGUACAAGUCGAUGAGAAAAUAUCAACUGCCUCAUCAAAUGUGCCGUUCUCACACUGCAUUCCACGUGCCGGGUUGUUCCGCUGCUUAGUGGUUGGCUGUUCAGAAGUGGUAAUUGAGAAAUGUAGGUAUUUUAAAAUGCUAACAAUUUGAGACGACACUGAAAUGUUUGUAUGGAUAUCUAUCCUGGUAUUAAUAACAGUAAUACAACCUAUAAUAAAGGUUUCAUUGAAGAAUAA